AACCGGAGUGCCGUUUCCCGACUUAUGAAAGCUGCAGAUGGACAUGUCUCAUAACUGCUGCUUCCUGCAGAUCGAGUAGUUGUAACACAGAACACUUUGAGUGACAGAAAGGGAUUUUUACUGAUGCAAGUUUGAGAAAGGAGAGAGAGAGAGAGAAAGAGAAAGAGAAAGCAUGGCAAAGAGGAGAGGCUGUGCAGAGAGAGAGGCCGAUACAAAGAAGCAGCUGCUGAAGCCAAAGAGAGCCGGAGCAGCAGCGAGGAGGAGGAGGAGGAAGAAGGAGGAAGAUGCAGAGGAAGAAGAGAAGCUCAAGAGGAAGGUCAAACCCAAACCACGAGCCCCCUCAAAACGAGCGCCAGUGAACACCUCUUCCACCACUUCUAAAACUGCAACUGCUGUCAAAGCCAGUAAAUACUUCCAGUCGCCAGUGAGGGAGACUGACAGUGAAGAUGAUUUUGACAUGGUGACCUCAGAAGCACCUGCGGUUAAAGUGAACGCCAAGGAAACCAAAAAGGAAGAGGAGCAGGAGGAGGACAGUGAGGAAGACGAGGAUGAUUGGGAGGAAGUGGAAGAGCUUUCUGAGCCGCUGGGUCCAGUUGAACCACCAGAACCCGUCCUGCCCUCCCAGCCGGUUGAGAUAGAGAUCGAGACUCCAGAAGUCAGGAAAAAGCAAAAGAGGCAGGCAGAGUUUGAGACUUACAUGAGGCGGAUGGUGAACCGGUUGAAGAAGGACGUGCUGAUAGACACACACAAGGUCCACCUGUUGUGCCUGAUAGCCAGCGGGAUGUUCCGCGGCCGUCUGUGCUGUGAACCGGACUUGCUGGCCAUCACUCUGUCGCUGCUGCCCAAUCACUUCAGCUCCGUCGCCAAGGAACGCAUCGACCAGAACUACCUCUCUGGACUGCUCAAAUGGUUUAGAUCAACGUUCACCCUAAACUCCAGUCUUCCCUGUGAGGAGCGUCCGGACCCCCGCGCUCUGCUGGAGAGGCGGCUGGCCAGCCUGUCUGGCAGAAACCACCAGGAGAUUACUCAUCUGUUCCUGUUGGUCAUGAGGUCUCUGCAGCUCUCCUGCCGAUUGGUUCUUUCUCUGCAGCCGAUUCCUCUCAAACCCCCAUCAGCCAAGGGCAAAGGGGCUGGGGCAUCUACUGGUUCUCCAGGAAAGACCAACACAAAAAAGAAAACCUCCAAGACCACCUCCCCUGAGCAGAAGGUCUCACCUGGCACCAAGAGACCGGCUGAAGGGGGGAAGAUCACGGGAGGCCGAGGAGGAAAGAAAGCGAAGACGAAAGAAAUAAAGGAAGAGUAUGACGAGGAAAAGAAGGUGACUAAAUCUUCGGGAGGGCAGAGGCCAAAGAACUCAAAACGUCGCAGCAUCGCCUCUAAGGUCAGCUACAAGGAAGAAAGUGACAGCGAACGGGAAAAGGAGGAAGAGGGGCUUAGCGAAGAGGAGGAAUUUCAGGCGACCAGUGAGGAAGACAGUGAGGAUUCAGAGGGAGGAAGAAGGGGAGAAAAGACGAAGAAGGGGAUAAGAAAAAGCAAAGUGACAAACAGCAAGAACAUUGCAGCUCCGAAGGGAAGGAGUGGUGGAGGGGAAAAACAGAUCAAAGACGAGGAGAGCAAAGAGUGUGAGGAAGAGGGGGAAGAUGAUGAGGAAGAAGGAACCAUGCCUAACCGAACAAAGGGAAGGAGUGGGAGAAAGAUUAAGGGGCCUGGAGCGGACGAGUGGUUGGAGGUGUAUCUGGUGAAAACUUCAUCCUGGGUUUGCGUAGACGUGGAGCACGGCGUCGGGAUGCCUCACCUCUGCUCCCAGAGCGCAACGGCGCCGAUUACGUACGUGGUGUCGGUGGACGGAGAUGGCUUCUUGAAGGACUUGGGAAGGAAGUACGACCCCACCUGGUUGACAUCUUCCAGGAAGAGGCGGGUGGAUGAAGAUUGGUGGGAAGAGACGCUUGAGCCGUUCCUCCGGCCUGAGGAUGAGAGGGACAAAAGGGAGGAUAAGGAGCUCCAGAACAAACUGCUGAACAAACCCCUGCCCAUCUCGAUAGCGGAGUAUAAGAACCACCCGCUGUACGCCUUAAAGAGACACCUGCUGAAAUAUGAGGCUGUCUACCCGUCAACGGCCACCAUGCUGGGAUACUGCAGGGGAGAGCCGGUGUACUCCAGGGAUUGUGUUCACACGCUACACUCCAAAGACACUUGGUUGAAAGAGGCGCGGACUGUCAGACUAGGAGAGGAACCGUAUAAGAUGGUGAGGGGCUUCUCUAAUCGUUCCCGCAAAGCCAGGAUGGCAUCUGAGCAGAAGGAUCCGAAUGACCUGGCUCUGUUUGGAGAAUGGCAGACUGAAGAGUACCAGCCGCCUAUAGCUGUGGAUGGGAAGGUUCCCCGUAACGACUUUGGUAACGUCUACCUGUUUAAGCCCUGUAUGUUACCGGUGGGCUGUGUUCACCUCAAGCUGCCCAACCUGAACCGCGUGGCCAGGAAGCUGAACAUGGACGCCACCCCUGCGGUCACAGGCUUCGACUUCCAUGGAGGAUACUCACAUGCUGUGACUGAAGGUUACAUUGUGUGUGAGGAGCAUGAAGAGAUUCUCAGAGCGGCCUGGGUGGAAGAACAAGACAUUCAGAGACAGAAGGAGAAAGAGAAAAAAGAAAAGAGAGUGAUCUCCAACUGGACUCUGCUGGUGAAGGGGCUCCUGAUCAAAGAAAGACUUAAACAGCGCUACGGACAGAAGAACCAGGGACUGGUGAGCCUCGAGGAGACUGGCGGGCUUUCUUCAGAUGAGGAGGCGGUUGAGGGUGAAAGUCCUUCAGCUAAGACAGCGGCUGAGACUCUGGCCAUGUCCUGGCCCCAGAACAGACAGGCAGAGGAGGACGGAGGCAGCAUCAGCGGACUGAAGAAGAAUACCACAAAACGAGAAAAGACAGGACAAGAGAAACAUUUGUUCCCCUUUGAGAAAGCCUGAUGUCGGAGAGCGAAAAAAACACACUUAGGUUUAGUUAAAUCAAGGCUGAUUACUCUCUGCUCUCAAAUGUGUACUUGACUGACUGCUCCUAAUAUUUACUUUAGAAGACGGUCACAUUCCUUGAAAGCAGGAUAAGUGUGCCACAGGCGUUACACAGUUUGAAAUCAAUUUUUAACAGUCUUCCUUGGAACCUUGGUUGUAACAUUAUAAGAAGGUGAGGAAAGAGAGGAGGAAGAAGGAGAGUAUGUUUUGGUAGUGAACUGAUCUGCAGGUUAAUCUGUUUCUUCCAUGCAUUAAACCUGCUCUUUCUCCACCUUCUCUGUGCAUACUCCCAUGAGCUCAUGUACUCUGUUGUCCACUUUUUAUAUGAGAGCUUAGUAUUAACACAUCACAUGCCAAGAUGCCAGGGAGAAAAAACACUUGGUAAGAAGAGUGUUACCAGGUUGCUUUGGAAAGAACAAACUCAACAUGAAUGUGAGAACAGGUGUCUUUACAAUUCCAGAUGCGUGUUUGACAUUGGGAUAAAGAUGCACUGCCCUUUAUUUACCCAGACUGCUGUGAUACAUUCAGCCCCCUAGCAAGUAUUCAGUGCAUCAGAACUUGAUCAGUAAAGGGCUGGUUUUAGCCCGGGGGACAUGGUUUCCAUUUCAGUUCAGCACACACAACGGUAUGUACAGCUCAUGCCAACUUGAAUUAAUGGCUUGUGUGGCAAGUAAACACAAACAAACCAGUGAACAAACAAUUCAGGCUAAUAAACUAUAAACUAUGGGAAAUGUUUAUUUCUACUUUUAGUGGAUCCACAGCCUGCUACUGAUUAAUUGAAUGUAAUUUCAUAUUAGCAUGUUUCCCCUGGACGACCAGCUGGACCACAGCCGUUGUUACUGACUUGACUGUACCUCAUGUAGCCUGACUCAAUGAAAACAGACACUUGUACUGUUUGUGUCAAGUGAAAACUUUGUAUCUGCAGGUUGUCACGUUUUCAGGAACAAAUAGCUCUGCUACAGUGCAUUUUUGAGUUGAUGUAACUAUUUUGGGUUGUUGGAUCCACUUAUCUGACAGACAGAAGCCGAGUGGACCAUGUAACCCAACACUUGAGGUUUAAUCAUUUCAGUUAGGAAGUUGUAAAAUUAUUUCUUAGCUCACACACUGCCUGUCUUGGUUUCUCACAUAUACUUUACUUCCUCUUUUUCUCUCUUUCCCUGUUGGGCUGCUACGUCUCUGGGGUUCACUAGUUUCCUGCUGUAUUCUGAACCAGCCCUCACAUUCAGCCUCUUACUCAUCUCUUUCACACUUUUGUCACUGUUUCCGACUUUGUGUCUGUGUAGGUGUUCUGUACCCAGCAGGUGAUGGCUGUAUUUAAAAUGGUAAACACUUUUGUGUGUGCAAAGUAUUUUUCUAAGAUAUAAUAAUACCAGAUAGAAGCAAA